AUGGGGAAAGCUGAAGAGCCCUCUGCGCCGGUUAAUGCCCAACUGAAAGAAAUUGCUGUGGUGGCAAGUCCUGUAGCUGUCCCAAAUAUACUUUCUGAGUCUGAUAUAACCGCAAAUGGCGACGAUACUGGCAGAAGGCUGCCUAUAGGUGGCGCCUAUAUGUCUUCUUAUAGGUGCCGCCGAAUAGCUUCCAAGACGGUUCUGUCUUUUCAGUCAAAAGACCCAGAGAACCCCGUCAACUGGUCAACGAACAAAAAACUUCUCAUUCUGUUUUCCGGGGUCAUGAACGUGCUGAAUAGUACCCUAGGCUCCUCUUUACCCAGCGGCGCAAUCCCUUUUAUAGCACGAGAGUUCAACGUUCAAUCUACUGAGCAGUUGACUCUUCCCAUCUCUCUGUUCUUGCUUGGCUAUGUUUUCGGUCCAAUCGUGUGCGGGCCCCUAUCGGAGUCCUAUGGGCGUAAGCCAGUGAUCGUAGUUGGUUUCGUGGCCUUUAUGUUGUUCACGCUUACAUGUGCUGUAAUGCAAAGCUGGGCAGCGUUGCUAGUUAUGCGUUUCUUUGUGGGAGUGGCUGCAGCAGCACCCAUCUCUGUUGUGGGUGGAAUGCUUGCGGAUGUCUAUGACGAGCCAAGGACGAGAGGGAGGUAUAUGGCUCUUUUCAUGGCAUCAACUUGUGCAGGCCCUAUUGUUGGGCCCCCCGUCACUGGUUUUAUAUCAGUGGUGAAUUGGCGAUGGAGUUUCUGGGUAGGUUUAAUAUUUGCAGGUUUAACGGCUCCUGUUGUAUUUCUAACGCCUGAAACGUAUGCGCCAAUUCUCCUACAGCGCAGAGCCCGAAAACUACGCAAGGAGACAGGAAACGAUAAGAUUGUCGCGGCGCUCGACCUUGAGAAAAAGGGAAUCAAAGAGACCAUGACUGUGACACUGACGAGGCCCAUUAGAAUGAUCAUACAUGAAUCAAUUGUGCUCUUCACGUGUCUGUACCUAGCAUUGGUAUAUGCCAUUUUCUUCAUGUAUUUUCAGACAUACCCGUUGAUUUUUCAAAACACAUAUCACAUGAGCCCUGGAGUUGCAGGACUGAUGUACUUACCAAUUGGUGUUGGGGUUGCUGCAGCCCUCGGCCUCUUUUAUUGCUGGGACGGCUUCCUCCACCGUGCAAAACUUCGGCAGGCUUCUUGGGCAGCCGUUGAAGAAUACCGGAGACUUCCUCUAGCUGUCAUUGGGGGCCCACUCUUCGUCAUAGCACUCCUUUGGCUGGGAUGGACCGCCUCGCCUAAAAUCCACUGGUCUAUCCCGAUGCUCUCCGGCAUCCCAUUUGGCGCAGGUUUCCUCCUCAUUUUUAUUGCAAUGGUCAACUACCUUUCUGAUGCGUACGAGACCUUCUCAGCCAGUGCACAAUCAGCUUCAAGCUUUUCCCGAAGCAUCCUCGGGACGGCACUCCCAGUUGCUGCAGGGCGUAUGUAUGCCGUCCUGGGUAUAAGCUGGGGAUGUAGUUUGCUUGCCUUCGUGAGCCUGGCGAUGACAGUAAUUCCGUUUGCUUUUAUUCGGUAUGGGGACAGGAUAAGGGCUGGAAGCAGGUUUUGCCAGCACCUCAAAGAGUUGAAGGAGCAACAAAUGAGAGAAGAUCAAGAAGAAGAGGCUAAGGAUAGGUUUGCUAUACAGCAGGAAAAACUAGAUGUACCGGAGCAGGUUUGA